AUGGCGGCAGCGACCAAGAAAGUCCCAUUAGCAACAAGCAACAGCUUAAACAUGAAACAGGAAAAGACAAUCGAAGAAACCUACCAGAAAAAGUCCCAAUUAGAGCACAUUCUUCUGCGACCCGACACCUACAUCGGGUCAAUCGAGAAGCACGCACAGACCCUCUGGGUUUUAGAGAAUGACAAAAUGGUGCACCGAUCGGUCACUUAUGUGCCGGGUCUUUACAAAAUUUUUGAUGAAAUCUUGGUGAAUGCAGCGGAUAACAAGCAAAGAGACCCGAAAAUGGAUUCUUUGAAGGUUGUGAUUGAUGCGGAGAAUAAUUUGGUUAGUGUUUAUAACAAUGGAGAUGGAGUUCCCGUGGAGAUCCACAAGGAGGAAGGUGUUUAUGUUCCGGAAUUGAUUUUUGGGCAUUUGUUGACUAGUAGUAAUUAUGACGAUACGAUGAAAAAGACUACUGGGGGAAGAAAUGGUUAUGGUGCUAAGCUUACGAAUAUCUUUUCGACCGAGUUUGUGAUUGAGACGGCUGAUGGGAAAAGGACAAAGAAGUAUAAGCAGGUUUUCUCUAACAACAUGGGCAAAAAAUCUGAGCCAAUAAUAACCAAGUGCAAGGAGUCUGAGAAUUGGACCAAGGUGACAUUUAAGCCUGAUUUGGUUAAGUUUGGCAUGACUCAUCUAGAAGAAGAUGUGGUAGCAUUGAUGAAAAAAAGGGUGGUUGACAUGGCUGGUUGCCUUGGAAAGACCGUGAAGGUUGAGCUCAAUGGAAGUCGUGUUCCUGUCAAAUCAUUUCAAGAUUAUGUUAACAUGUAUUUGAAUUCUGCCUCUGAUUCUGUCUCAGAACGCCCCAAAAGUUUCUAUGAGAAAGUUGGUGAUAGGUGGGAGGUUUGUGUGAGCCUCACCGAAGGUCAAUUCCAGCAGGUCAGUUUCGUUAACAGCAUUGCAACCAUCAAGGGUGGGACUCAUGUUGAUUACGUCACUAAUCAGAUCACUACCUAUGUGAUGAAUGCUGUUAAUAAGAAGCACAAGAAUUCCAACAUCAAGGCCCAUAACGUGAAGAACUAUUUGUGGGUUUUUGUCAAUUGCCUUAUUGAUAAUCCUGCUUUUGAUUCUCAAACAAAGGAAACUUUGACACUUCGCCAGAGCAGUUUUGGGUCUAAAUGUGAACUUUCUGAAGACUUGUUGAAGAAAGUGGCAAAGUCUGACAUCGUGGACAACCUCCUCUCGUGGGCAAAAUUCAAGGAAAGCAAAGAGCUUAAGAAAACUGAUGGAACGAAGACAGCAAAGGUUAAUGUGCCAAAGCUUGAGGAUGCUAACGAGGCUGGAGGGAGGUACUCUGAAAAAUGCACAUUGAUAUUGACGGAAGGAGAUUCAGCAAAAGCUCUGGCAAUUGCUGGCGUGGCUGGGCUGUCCCAGAUGGAACGGAACUUCUACGGCAUAUUCCCUUUGAGAGGUAAAUUGCUCAAUGUGCGAGAAGCCACGUCUAAACAGCUCAAAGAGAAUAAGGAAAUUGAGUGCAUCAAGAAGAUUCUUGGGUUACAGCAUGAUAAGCAGUACAUUAAUGUCAAGUCUUUGAGAUACGGUCAUCUGAUGAUAAUGACAGAUCAGGAUCACGAUGGUUCUCACAUUAAAGGCCUGCUGAUCAAUUUCAUUCAUUCAUUCUGGCCAUCAUUACUGAAAGUCCCAUCUUUCAUGGUUGAGUUUAUAACUCCUAUUGUCAAGGCAACCCAUAGAAACGGAACGGUUCUAUCCUUUUAUUCCAUGCCAGAGUAUGAAUUAUGGAAGGAAAGUUUGAAUGCGAAUGCAAGUGGCUGGUCCAUCAAAUACUAUAAGGGGUUGGGAACAAGUACAUCCAAGGAAGGAAAAGAUUACUUUAAAAACCUUGACAAGCACAAGAAAGACUUUUUAUGGAUGGAUGAGCAAGACGGGGAUGCAAUAGAGCUUGCUUUUAGUAAAAAGAAGAUAGAAGCAAGAAAGAAUUGGCUUCGGCAGUAUGAGCCUGGUACUCACCUCGAUCAGAAGCAGAAGCUCAUAAAGUAUAGCGAUUUCAUUAACAAAGAGCUCAUAUUGUUUUCUAUGGCGGAUCUUCAAAGGUCAAUUCCUUCUAUGGUUGAUGGCCUGAAGCCGGGUCAGAGGAAGAUCCUUUUUUGUUGUUUUAAGAGGAAUUUUGUCAAAGAAGCAAAAGUUGCCCAGUUUUCUGGUUACGUAUCCGAGCAUUCUGCUUAUCAUCAUGGGGAGCAGAGUCUUGCCGGUACCAUCAUUGGAAUGGCACAGGAUUUUGUUGGCAGUAACAACAUUAACCUUCUUCAGCCAAACGGUCAAUUUGGCACCCGCAGUGUGGGAGGCAAAGACCAUGCAAGUGCUAGGUACAUUUAUACUCAGCUUUCUCCUAUUACCAGGUUCUUGUUCCCAAAGGAUGAUGAUGGGCUUCUUGACUACUUGAAUGAAGAUGGGCAAACCAUUGAACCUACUUGGUACAUGCCAGUUAUACCAAUGGUCCUCGUCAAUGGUUGUGAAGGAAUCGGCACUGGUUGGAGCACUUUCAUUCCUAACUAUAACCCAAGGGAUGUUGUUGCAAAUAUAAGGCGGUUGUUGAAUGGUGAAAUGAUGGAGCCUAUGAAUCCAUGGUAUAGAGGUUUUAAAGGAACUAUUGAAAAAGGUGCAUCAAAGGAAACUGGUUGUAGCUACACAGUAAACGGAGUCAUCAAUGAAGUCAGUGAGACAACACUCAGGAUAACUGAACUGCCUGUCCGUAGAUGGACAGAUGAUUACAAGGCAUUUUUAAAUUCUGUCACAGAGGGGACCAGAGAUGAAAACGGCAAUUUACCAAAGGAUCCCUUUGUUAAGGAUUUUAGAAAGUAUGGUGAUGAUGCAGUUGUAGAAUUUGAAGUUGUGUUGUCAGAAGAGAACAUGCUGGUUGCUAAGCAAGAGGGUUUGCUAAAGAAAUUUAAAUUAACCACCACAAUUGGCACAAGUAAUAUGCACCUCUUUGAUUCAGCAGGGGUGAUUAAGAAAUAUGACAACCCAGAACAAAUUCUUGAAGAAUUUUUCCACUUAAGGCUUCAAUACUACGAGAUAAGGAAGAAAUUUCUUCUGGAAAAUCUAGAAUUUGAGUUGUUGAAAUUAGAAAACAAGGUCAGGUUUAUCCUUGGAGUUGUGAGAGGUGAAAUCAUUGUGAACAACCGGAAGAGAGCUGAUCUGUUCCUAGAGCUGCGCCAGAAAGGUUUUACCCCCAUUCCAAAGAAAUCUAAGGCUGUUGUUGCUGGGGCAACUGAUGAUACAGAUGAAGCAGAAGACAGCCCUGAUGUUUCUGGGGUGCGGGCUAGUGACUAUGACUAUUUGCUGUCAAUGACAAUUGGAACUCUGACCCUUGAGAAGGUUCAGCAGCUAUGUGCUGACCAGGACAAACUCAAUGGGGAGGUCGACAUGUUAAGAAAGACAACUCCGAGAGUUUUGUGGGUGAAAGAUCUUGAGGCUCUUGAGAUGCAACUUGAUAUGCUGGAUAAAUAUGAUGCUGAAGCAGAGGAGGCAAGAAAGAAAUUAGCAGGUGAUGCAAAGGGUGAAGCUGGUUUUAAGGUAUCUAAACAAGCACCUAAAAAUCCGAGGAAGACGUACACUAAGAAAGCCGUAAAAGAAGACGUACCUAUUGAGACCACUGGAACAUCAUCCACUUCUGCAAUGGAAACAGAGAAUGCUGCUGAGGUAGUGAAACCUAAAGGAAGGGCAGGCUCAAGGAAGGCUCCUGCUAAAAGCUCUUUGGAACUUACAAUCUACUGUUUUUCUGUUCAUCAGCAGGAAAAACCCUCUCCAGUUUUGGAAGGCAUUGAUGAAGAUGAUGAAAUAGAAUCGUUGAAGGAUCGACUUAAUGCAUAUAGACUUGAUUCUUCGCCUGAUCCAUCAGCUGACAUGGAAACUGAUGUGCUACAAGUACAUGGAAACAGAGGUGCUGCUCGGAAGAAGCCUCCAGUAACUGUUUCAGUGAUAUCUGAUAGCGAGGAUGAACCAGACCUUGACGAUGACUCUGACGUCGAAGUGAAAGCUGUCCCAGAAACAAAAAAGAAGGGAGGGAGAAAAGCUGCUGCUGCUGCUGCAAAUGAUAAGGCAGCCAAACCAUCUGCAGCAACAAAGAGGGGAGGGCCAGCCAGCAAGCAGUCCCAGGGAUUGGGCCAGAAGCUUCUAACUGAAAUGCUGAAGCCUAAGGAAGGAGCAGGAAUAUCGCCAGAAAAGAAAGUGAGGAAAAUUAGGGCAUCUCCAUUCAACAAGAAGAGUGGUUCUGUGUUGGGCGAAACAAUGUCAGCUUCUACAUCUGAAAGCAACGAUGUCAUUGACGUGCCAGCAAGAGCAAGACCGCAGAGGGCAAGCCGGAAGCAGAGUAGGUAUGUGUUGAGCGACUCUGAGAGUGAGACGGAAGACUCUGAAUUUGAGAAGACUAGUGAAGAUUCAGAGACUUCUUACUCUGACUAA